AUGGGUGACAGCGGAGUGCUGCGGCUGACGCUGGAUGCGUUGCUGUCAAAGGCAACGGCGAUUCAAGAUGAGCUGUACAAGAUGAGAUCCACGCUCAAGACAUCCUCUCCCUCCUGCACGCUUCCUUUGGUGGUGCUGGUACCAGGGCAAAUUGAGGUGCUGAUGAUGUCUUUGAGAAGGCGAGAGCACCCAGACUUGCACAACCGCGUGCUCGUGCCCAAGGCCAUGUCGACGGAGCUGGAUGAGCACCUCCAGAGCGUCACAUCUGGCGUCGUCAGCAGCUUCACCCACGACAAAGCGCCUGUGCUGUUGCGCACCAAGGCCGACCCUGAGCUUGAAGCCGAGUUGGAGGAUGCAUAUGAGGAGAGCGCAGAGGCAGCAGAGACUGGGCGGGAAAAGGUGCCACCAGCAGAGGCGCUCUCUGCUCUCGAUCACACAUGCAGCCGCGUCCUUGACUUUCUCAACAGCCAGAAGAAAGAAGUGGAGCUGCGGGUUCGCAGGUGA